ACUGCCUCUAGUCUAUACUAGAUACUAUCGCUAUUCUGUGCUAUUAUUGCUAACUUUAAACUUUGACUGCUACACCUGCUGCCUACCUUCACAGUUCACUUCACAUAGGUAAAAUAAAGCCGAAAGCCGGUAAUUAUUACUUUGAUAUAUCUGUGAUUGAGGUUAUAUAAAUAAAGAAAUGGCACUAGAAGUCGUAAAAAUGAGGCAGGGAAUGUCUUAUUCAUGCAAAGAGAAAACCAUAAUCCUUAAUGUUUUCAAAUACUUUAGAACAAUGCAUCCUGAUAAAUGUGUUACUGAAAUAGUACGUAGAACAGCAAAAGCAACUGGAUGUAGUGAAAAAAGUGUCUUUCAGUUUCGUAAGGAAGAAGCAAGUGGAGAAGGUUUUAAGGAGCCAUCUAAAACAAAAAUACGAAAGAACAUAAAUAUAAAUAGCAGAUUUAUGAAGUAUGAUGAAAGCGUAAGACAAGCCAUUAGAAACCUUAUUUAUGAUCUAAAAUAUCGUAAUAUUGUUCCUACUUUAAGUACAUUGUUAAAAAAUAUUAAUGCAAACGAAAAAUUGCCUAAUUUUUCUAUAAUGACACUUCGAAGACUUUUAAGAGAUAUGGGUUUCUACUACGAAAAAGAGAAAGUUGGUAGUAAAGCAGUAUUAGUAGAGAAAACAGAUCAUUCAUCUGAUUUGAAGAAAGAAAAUUUGCCUUAUAACAAAAAAAUUCAAGUACACCACAGUGUUCCUCAUCACGGAGUGCCACAUUCAAAUCAUGUAAAUAUUAGUAGCCAAAGUCAGAAACAAGUUGAAGUGAAGGCUUACCCUCUACCUAUACCUCAGAAUAAUACAAAUGUCGAUUCACAUCAAAUGUACAUUUCCAAUCACGGACAUAGGCCCUUUCCCAUUGCACUAUCACAUCAGGAAAAUGUUGGAUUAGAUCCUAGAUUUGUUACCUCGAAUAUAAUGCCACAUCAGUUACAUGGCUUACCACCUCCUAACAUAAAACCACCUGAUAUGAAUUAUAUUCAUCCAUCGCAUCCACAUACCAUGGCCUUGCAACAUUAGAUUUGCAUUUAUAUUCUGGAUGAGAAUAUCAGUGGCGAUGAGAGUGCCAGUUCUGCCAACUCCAGCGCUGUGAAAUACAAUUUGUA